AUUGGAAGGUUGUUGGGCCCAGUUGUGGAUGAGGCCCUGGCCUGUCUGCCCUCCCCCAGGCCUGCUGCUGGUUGGCUGGUGGAUGACCCCUGGUGUCAGAGACCCCCCCCCCAGGGAGCAGGACCCUAGCAUGAGCUGGUCUGCCAGGGGCAGUUGGGCCUGAGAGAGGUGCUGCCAGCCGGUGGGAGCGGGACAUGGGUGGAGGGGCCUCCAGGCCAUGGCUGGAACAGCCAGACAUUGACAGGCCCGAUGCCGAAGGACCCCUGAGACGUAACAACAUACAGCCAUACCUAGAGAGUCAACAAGGAGCCUUUAUUGGAGCCGGCGAUGGGAGAAUGGGAAUAUCUCUCCAAGCAAGGCGGUCCCAGGCUUUCAUGGACAGACAUCGGGGCCCUCGCUCAAUGGCCCACGCUAGAAGAUACCGAGCCCUCCCUGAAAGCCUGCUGGCAGCUCUGGCUGGAGCAGAAGAGCAAAGCUCCGGAGCGGUUGUUGAGGCCUCCUCCCAGUCUCUGGCUGAAGAACCCCAGGAGGCAGCAGGAGCCGAUGGCAGUGACAAAUCUCACCCUCCACCUGCACCCAUGAGUUCUCCACAACUUGCCAGUGGCCUAGAAGAACAAGAAGAACGAGGACAAGAAGAAGAUGGAAGAACUGAAGAUGUCCCUUCUGCCCUGAACACCACAGGGGAGGGGAUAUGUAGUGGGGGAUGUUAAAGGACUGGAGCCCAGCCUUAUAAACUCUGGCCUUGUCCCCUUCAUCUGUUUCAUCAUUCCCCCCUUUCCCGUUGGC